GUCAAGAGUUUCGACAGUGUUUGGUGAGCUGACUGACUUUGAGCUAUAUUGAUAACUACUCUCGGAGCGUGAAACUCACGCUUUGUUUUCGUGCACGUAGUUACGCAUUUGAUUCUCUUUAGCAGAGAUAUUUGUAAUUUGCAGCCCAGAACUUGCACUAACUGAUCCUCCUGUGAAGACGAGCGAUGGAUUUUGUGUGUUUAGUGUAUUUGACGCUGAGCAUCAGUGCUUGGUUUGCGUCUGCGGAGAGACACAGCGUCUACUGGAACAGCUCGAACCCACUCUUCUUGUGGGAUGACUACACGGUGGAAGUGAGCAUCAACGACUACCUGGACAUCAUCUGCCCCCACUACAGCCACGGAGAGGUGUCGCUGCAUGCGGCCGAACGCUACGUGCUCUACAUGGUGGAGAAGGAGGACUACGAGGUUUGCAAACCCCACUCCUUCGACCAGCUGCGUUGGGAGUGCUCGCGGCCGUUCGCUGCCCACGUUCCUGAGAAGUUCUCUGAGAAAUUCCAGCGUUUUACCCCGUUUACCUUGGGAAAGGAGUUCAAACAAGGAGAAAGCUAUUAUUAUAUCUCUAAGCCGAUGCACCACCAUGGCCAGGACUGUCUCCGACUUAAAGUAGAUGUCAUCGGGCACAAAAGCUCCGUAAAGACCCACCUAGAGAAAUCCAAGGCUGAAGAUACAGGAAACAGCAUGGAGGGAGGAAAAGGGAAGUUUCUUGCAGCAGGAGGAGUUCACAACCCCUCCACCCGGCUCCCAGCAGAUGACCCUGCUGCGAUGGAGCCAAACGUGCAGAGGAGUAUCGGCAGUUCAGGAGAACAGCUGGUCUCCUUUUCUCUCCUCUUUACAAUGCUUCCAGUCUUAAUAGCACUCAUGCUACAAUAAGGCCGCGCCAAGACAGAGACAAUGCAAACCCCGAUGCUGGUCAUUGGGACCAUGAACACUCAGAGACUUUUUUUUUAUACAGAUUUUUAUUCGAGCAUGGACAGUUGUGUGAGUGUGUGUUUGCAUGUUUGUGUGAUUGUUGGACGUGGAUCGUUCCAAAGAAGAGGACCUCAACUUUUUUUUUUUUUUCAACGGGAAUGGAAGUUCUAAUUUUUUACACUUUUUCUUUUUUUUUUUGUCUUCAAUCUUCAAGCAAGCAAACUGAUCAAGAUACUUCAUUGAUUAUCAUCAUAUUGAAAAUGACAAGAGGAUACAUCGUCUUUCUUAUCCUAUCCCCCCACCCCCGCAUUACCACACCAUUGGUACAGAUUUGUCAUUGUUCUCCUAAUAUCCAACUGUUUUUUUUCCCACAAUCGUUUUUCUUUCUGUGUACUGGGAAUGUUGUCCACUGCUGCCAAAGUUAGGUUUACAUUUUGUAGGAUUUCUGUCAUGUUAUUGUGUAGCAUUCAGCGCCCUCUUUCAUCUCCUCAAAUCUGUAAAAUAAACUCAUUGUCUCAAUCACAGUGAUACAAACACUAACAGUGAUGCAGCUGCUGAAAGAAUCUGACAUCAUACAUAUUUUAAGUUCACUGUAAAGACAACACAGGAAAAAGUGGUUUCAAUCCGACCUGUGGUUUUCAACCUUCUUUUUCACCUUUUCUGUUUGGCUUAUGAGCCUUCAAUGUGACGCUUAAUUCUACUUAUGCAGACAAGACAGUAAAGAAACUUGUUAUUUUUCAUGUUAUUUAUGAUUUUUCUUUUAACACUAGAAUUCCUUUUUACCGAAGGAAUAUUUAUUUAUGUUUUGUGCUAUUAAGUUCUCACCCACUCAAGUCUUUCUGAUGUUGUCAUAAGGUUGAAAGCCACCGAUCAAGA